UAUAUAUAUAUAUAUAUAUAUAUAUAUAGAUACGUGCGUGUGUAGCUUCCAUGACAGUUUUGAAAUAGAGUUCUUGAGUUUUAACAAAGCUAGCCAGAGAAGAUCAGAAUACAAGCCUCAGAUCAGCAUUCACACACACACACACAGACAUGGAGUGGAGAAAAUGUUAUCUUGAUGUUAUACUAGUACCACUAGGGUUUAUGAUCUCCAUGGCUUACCAUGGCUGGUUAUGGCAUAAGGUUAGAACGCAACCUCUCACCACCAUCAUCGGGACAAAUGCUAGCGGGCGGAGGUUUUGGGUUUCAGCCAUAAUGAAGGAUAAUGAUAAGAAGAACAUACUGGCAGUCCAAACUCUUAGAAACUUGAUCAUGGGAUCAACCCUAAUGGCCACCACCUCCAUCCUUCUAUCUGCUGGCCUGGCUGCCAUUAUAAGCAGUACAUACAGUGUGAAGAAGCCACUAAAUGAUGCGGUUUAUGGGGCUCACGGUGAAUUCAUGGUGGCGUUAAAAUACGUCACAAUCUUAACCAUCUUCAUGUUCUCAUUCUUUUGUCACUCCUUGUCCAUAAGGUUUGUGAACCAAGUUAACCUGCUCAUCAAUACUCCACCGGAUCCCAUGUCCAUGGUGACCUCAGAGUAUGUAAGCGAGCUCUUAGAGAAGGGGUUUGUCUUGAACACAGUGGGGAACAGGCUCUUCUACUCAGCGAUGCCUCUCUUGCUUUGGAUAUUCGGGCCAGUCCUUGUUUUCUUGUGUUCAGUCACAAUGGUCCCAGUGCUUUACAACUUAGACUUUGUGUUUGGUAACGGGCAGGGAAAGAUUAUGAAUAGGAAUGGAGAGAUCAGAGACUUUGUAUGACAGCAAAAUAUUAAAUUAAGGAGAUCAAUUAAGUAUUAAAUGUGUCUUAUAUUAUAUAUUCACUAGCUCUCACAAUUAAUAUAUGUAAGUGAGGUUCGUGUGUGUGCCAUUAAUGAAACUAUAUAUGGACAACCUUUGUUUUCA